GGAAGAGCCGGCUCCGUGUGUGUGGUAUUGACGGGAACAACUGGCUUUCCUACUGAACUUGCUAAUGCACUUGCAGUCUCUGUGACAUCUGUGCUUAAUGCUGAAGCAGGAGCUGGUGACUUUUCUCUGGGUUCCUCUGUCACCAUUCCUGCCGGAACAACGCUUCCGACUGAUGGUUCUCAUUGUGUGGCAGUGAGCGGAACGGAAGAUACCUUAUUGGAGGGAGAU